CUUGGAACUUCCGUUUCCUGCGCGUCCUAGCUUCGUCAUCGCCGACGCCAGCUUCAUUUUCCAAUUCUCGCUUCGCCGAUAAAGCGUCAUGGUGGUUUCACAGUGUUGAAUAAUUGGCUAUAGCGGUUUUCUUUAGAAUACGUUUACCAAUUAUUUGUCAAUAGUGCGGUAAAAACAUUUUCAACUCAGGGGAGCGUUUUAAACAAGCACCGACCAUGGCGUCGGAACAAUUUUCUUUGUGUUGGGACAAUUUCCACAAAAAUAUGAGUUCGGGCAUGAACUCGCUGCUGGAAAACGAGGAUUUAGUGGACGUUACGUUGGCGGUCGAAGGGAAAUACCUGAAAGCGCACAAAAUGGUGCUCUCGGUGUGCAGUCCCUACUUCAAAGAACUGUUUAAAGUUAAUCCGUGUCAGCAUCCAAUAGUUUUUCUUAAAGACGUUAGUUACGUAGCGAUUAGUGAUUUACUCCAAUUUAUGUACCAAGGUGAAGUGCAAGUUAGUCAGGACAAUUUAACUACUUUUAUUAAGACUGCAGAGGCCUUACAAAUCAAAGGACUCACGGGAGACGGGAACGGCUCAGCUGACGUUGAAACCGAGCCAGUCCAAGAGAAACCUUCGAUCCGUCACUCGGAGGAUUAUAAACCAGUACCCCGACCAAAAAAACAAGCCCCUGCACCUAUCGUAACUACCACCGCCUCCAAAAGGCCUAGACUAAGCGUGUCCUCAAAUGAUUCUCAAUCGGCACCUGCCCCUGUAACCAAAACGGAACCAAUCUCGCUACCCUCUACGGACUCCCAACCUGUUCAGUUCAAAAUGGAACCCUACGAUCAGAACCAAUCGGUAACGAUACCUGACGACACUGGCGACGACAAUUUUGGCGAUGACACUCUUGAUGACACGGCUGUUGACGACACGGAAGACUACUCUAUGAUGGAAGGCGAAGAACCACAGGCUGGUACGAGCACGGACGGCGCUGGCGAAGGACAAGGUGGUGGACUAAGAAAUUCUACGUAUUACGGAGGUUAUACUUACGGAAUGUACAGUGGUAACACAAAACAAAAAAUCUACCUGAGAUGUUCUACCUUCAAAAGUACGGGUUGUCGUGGAAAGGGCUAUUUGCUGAAGGACCAGGGUAUCGAUAGCUUUGUUAUGGUCACUCAGCAUAGCCAUCCACCUAAUUUUCUCAUGGAGAAAAGAUCGGAAAUCGCCAAAACUUUGAAGGAAUUCGCAGCUACCAUUCCAGGGAAACCCAUCGACAUUUACAACAGCGUAGUCUCAAUAUACCCCGAAAUUGAGCAACUUUGGCCUUUUUCAAGAGCUGUCAGAACCAUUAACAGAGUUAGACAGAAGACAGGCUUUAUGAGAGUUGGAUCCAUCCCUACAGUAUAAUAAAGAGUAGACAUUAAUAAUUUCAAUAAUAUUUGAGCUUGUUAAACUUUUUCAUAGGCUUAAUUUUUUGUCACGUAAUAAUUUCCACAUGCUUUUUUUUAAAUUUAAUAUAAUAUUGAGUUGAGUUAUGAAUUACCAUUGAAUUAAUGAAAAAUUGUUUUAUCUGCUUAUUUUGUUUCGAAAUUUGUAAUAGCGGCAUUGUUU